GUAAGUCGUGAGUGUUCGCGUGCCACACGUCAGACGGUGCACCACGACGCGACGUUGGGCGACAUACCAAGGUCUACUACGACCAAUUACGACUUACUAAAUUCCUCCGCUUUGGGCUCGAUUCUUCAAUUUUCUAUGUUCCAAUGAAUCCUAUCGAGUAUUGCACACUUUCACCGCGAAAAAAAACGAAUUUCUAGUCAACAACAACGAAGUCGGGGAUUAUGCAUCAGAAUGAAUGGGAAUGGACCAAAGACAUCCAGUAUGUUUUGGGGACAUGUUAAUUGGUGUGGCACUCGAUGGCGAAUGAACCGUUAAAUCGAAACUGGAGCAGCGGCCCAAUAACGAUGAUGCACGCGGCACACGGAUUAACACCUUUCAACGAGCUGAAGACUUGGUGCGGUUCCAGCGAAGAUGUUCUAGAUAUUCGUAGUAAAUGUGGAUACAUUUCCCGUGUAUUAGCACCAUCGCUCCGGCCAUCGAUGGUACAAGGUUUUUCUGGAUCAUCAUUGAAGAUUCUUCGUUUAGUUGACGACUGAACUGCAAGCCGACUGGCCGUGCCCGCGCCUAGUAAUCCGAAAUCAAGGAUUCGGGAAUAAAAAAACUCAGUUCAUAAUAAAAAGAUUGCAGUACGGAUAAUGUCAGCCUACGAAGAGAUGCCAGAGAAGCAGUCGCAGCGGCGUCUGUCGUCCAUGUGGCUGAUCAUCGUGUUGCUCUUCGUGUCGACACUUACGGUUGUGGCUUUGAUUGAGGCUGAACGUGCACAGUCUGAUGGUGCUGACGUGUUAAUUCUGAAUCGCAUAUGGAGCCAUUUCCAAGCGGCAGCUCAAACCGAAACGAAAGAAGAAACAGCCACAGUGGAGCGCAUAGCUAGAGAAGCCAGUAAUUCUAGUGAUCCCACUCAGCAGCAACCUCCAGCCAGGCAGAGUAAGGACUUCUAUGAGGAGCAGCGGGCGGUUGUGGUGAAUGCAGAAAGCAUGGAUCCCAUUGUGGCACAGCGCCAAGAUUCAUUUGGUCCACCCCAGAGCAGAGAAGACUCCAACGAACAGGAUCCCUAUUAUGAUGCAGCCGAGGAUUAUGGGCCAGGACAUUAUCCAUAUCAGCAGGAGGAGCAACAGCAGUCGGAAGAGAGUUUCUAUGGAGAAGGAGAUGGCUCAUCUGAGGGCAGAGCUGCUCAGGCUCGCCCCUAUGAUGGCUUUUACGCGCCCUGGAAGGCAUCGCCCGUGGCAACGCAUCCUGCGGCUGCGGAUGGAAACAACAGGAAGCUCCAGACCCCGCCAAAUCGCGCCCCUUACCCUGCCUACGAUGAGGUGUAUGACUACCCCAUGGGUUUCCAGCGUCGUCCACUGGCGGAGACACCGCUGCCCAAGCAGGCCCAGCCCCAGCCCCAACACACACCAAAUACUGCGGUUGUUCCCGUUCAGGAGGAAUCCACUUUGGUAACCGUUCUCAAGAGUCUAAAGCAACUCUGGGAUCUCUACCAGGCACUAAUGAGCGCCUGGAAUUCCAUGGCUGAGCGUCAUCAAAAGAGUACUGAACAAUUCCGCAAGGAACAGGCGGAAAAACAGGCCGAAAAGAAUCGACUGCGUCAGCAGCAGCAACAAAAAAUGAGAAUUAAUUCAAAAAAGCCACCGCGAAUCGAAGGAGAUAAGAAGAAUCAAAACAAAAAGAGCACCACAACGAAAAAGCCAACAUCCACUUCGAGUACAACUUCUGCCGCGGAUAGCUCUGAGGAGGAGGAGGAGGACGAGAAAGAGAAAGAGGCGACAUCAUCAUCAACAGUUAAGCCAGAGCCUCAGAAGGUUGAAAAGGGGGAGAAGGGAGAAAAGGCAGAUGUGAGCUCCGUGCGCGGGCUCCGCCAGAGACGUGAGGCGGCUGCAGAGGACAAGGCAGACACGGAUGUUGGUGAGGGGCGCUAUAUUAAGGGUGAUCCACUCAAGGGCUACUACGAUUUCGUCAUUACGGAGGGCUCCUACAAGUUUUGGGCUGCCUUUCAGGUGGGCACAGCGCUUUUGAUUAUCUAUUCGACAUUUGCUGCCAUUUACUACUCCAAGGUAAAUCCGCUGACCAGCGACUACGAUUAUACGGAUUAUUUGGGUGGUGUUCGCUCAUUGUCUGGCGGCGAUGCUGAUUUCGUUGAUGAUGCCGAUUCGCCGCCACCGGUCUCAACCACUUCCCGCAUUAUGGAGUGGCUGCCGCGCACAGCUCAUUCCGUUAAAUUCAUUUUGGACGCCAUUGAAAAGAUGCCACUGGAUCAUGGGCAGACGAAAGAGCCAGGCUGGGGGAGCACGGAAACAACGACGGCAGAGGAGACGAGUUAGGGAACCCACCAUAUUUAUUAAUGAAAAUAAAAAAAUAUGUUGAA